CUCCUCCUCCUCCUCGGUUGUACUUGUACCGGGCAGCUAGCAGCGGUGUGGCGCAGCUCUGAACCUACGACCCCGGGAAGCAGCUGUGUGACUGAAGUAUCCAAACCUUAGUUCUCAAGUGGACUCGAUUCUCCAGAAAAACUCCAGAAACCAUGACUAGCUACCACAAACCAGAUGAGAAAACUCUGCAGGGGCUGAAAGACGUCGCUAACAAGCUCAGGAUCCACUCCAUCAAGGCGACAUGCGCCUCCAACUCUGGUCACCCGACAUCAUGCUGCAGUGCAGCAGAGCUCAUGUCUGUGCUCUUCUUCCACACCAUGCGCUAUAAAGCCGAUGACCCUCGCAACCAGUGUAACGACCGCUUUGUGCUCUCAAAGGGUCAUGCUGCCCCUGUCCUGUAUGCUGCAUGGGCAGAGGCGGGUUACGUGAAGGAGUCCGAUCUGCUCAACCUGCGCAAGAUUGAUUGUGAACUGGAGGGCCACCCCACACCAAAACUGGCUUUUGUUGAUGUGGCUACAGGAUCUCUGGGACAGGGUCUCGGGGCUGCCUGUGGGAUGGCCUACACUGGCAAACACUUUGACAAAUCAAGUUAUCGUGUGUACUGCAUGAUGGGUGAUGGGGAGUGUUCAGAGGGCUCGGUGUGGGAGGCCAUGGCCUUUGCCUCCUACUACCAGCUGGACAACUUGGUGGCUAUUAUGGAUGUCAAUCGGCUCGGCCAGAGUGAGGCUGCACCCCUGAAGCACGACAUGGAGACCUACCGCAAACGCUGUGAAGCCUUUGGGUGGAACACGUAUGUUGUGGAUGGACAUGAUGUGGAGGAGCUUUGCAAAGCUUUCUGGCAGGCUCAGCAGGUCAAGGGCAAACCCACUUGCAUUGUCGCCAAGACUUUUAAGGGCAAAGGGCUCAAAAACAUUGAGGAUAUGGAUAACUGGCAUGGAAAGCCCAUCCCUAAGGACAGGGUGGACGACCUCCUGAAUGACCUGCAGGCUCAGAUCCAGGUCCCAAACAAGACCCUGUGCCCUGAGCUGCCCAAAGAAGACACACUACCUGCAGACCUCAGCACCAUCUCCUUGCCCUCACCCCCAGCAUACAAAAAAGGAGACAAGAUGGCAACAAGGCGUGCAUAUGGCCUGGCACUGGCCAGACUCGGCCAGGCAAGCCAGAGAGUAGUGGCCCUGGAUGGCGACACCAAAAACUCCACCUUUUCUGAGACCUUCAAGAAGGCCUUCCCUGACCGCUACAUUGAGUGCUUUAUUGCUGAACAGAACAUGGUGGGAGUGGCCAUUGGCUGUGCCACCCGUGACCGCACCGUUGCAUUUGCCAGCACGUUUGCUGCCUUCUUCUCUAGAGCCUAUGAUCAGAUUCGUAUGGGAGCCAUCUCCCAAACAAAUGUCAACCUGGUAGGGUCCCACUGCGGUGUCUCCAUCGGUGAGGAUGGUCCUUCCCAGAUGGCCCUCGAGGACUUGGCCAUGUUCCGCGCUAUUCCAACAUGUACUGUGUUUUACCCCAGUGAUGCUGUGUCCACAGAGAGAGCCGUUGAGCUGUCAGCCAACACAAAGGGUAUCUGUUUCAUCCGUACCAGUAGACCAGACACAGCAGUCCUCUACUCCCCAGAUGAGAAGUUUGAAUUGGGUUUAGCCAAGGUGGUGCGCCAGUCUGACAGUGAUUGUGUGACUGUGAUUGGAGCUGGUAUCACUCUGCACGAGGCCCUUGCUGCAGCUGAUAUGCUGGCCAGUGAAGGGAAGAACAUCCGUGUGAUUGACCCGUUCACCAUCAAGCCCCUGGAUGCCCUUACCAUCUUGUCCAGUGCCAGAGCCACAAGGGGACAGAUCAUCACUGUGGAGGACCACUACAAGGAGGGUGGUCUCGGUGAAGCAGUGCUGUCUGCAGUGGGCCAGGAGCCCGGCAUCGUUGUGACCCAACUGGCAGUGACCGGUGUUCCCCGCAGCGGCAAGCCCCAAGAGUUGCUCGACAUUUUUGGCAUCAGUGCCAAGCACAUUGCUAACGCCGUGCGUCAGACCUUCGCAAACUAAGAACUGCACCUUAUCUCCUGUUUGUCGCUCUGUUUAAUCACAACCAACUUUCUGCCCAGCUGCUUGGCAUGAUCAUGUGAAGACCUCUUUUAACUUCUGUGGUCGAGUGCCAUCUCCUGGGUUUAAUCGGAGUGCAGUGUGUUAACCCUGUAUCGUUAUUACUACCGCAGAUGGAAAGGGAUUAGAUUAGGAGUGCAGUUUUAUCAGCACCUGUUGUAUUGAUAUUACUCCUCUGUAUGCACCUUCUAGUAACCUGUUCAACUGAAACAUUCCUUUCUUGUAUCCAUUAUGUUUCCAAAGUAGUUGCAUGCAAGAGGCUAAAACAAAAACAUCACUGAAUACUGUCAAUGUGGUUUGGUGACAGAUUAAAAACCUGUCAUACCAGCAGCUGUCCUGGUUCUGAUCAAUUACGAAUCAGGCCACAACUGCUGUUCUGCAUUCCAGCCAUCAUUUCUUUUCCACAUUCCUUACAACUAUGCCUCAUGUCUUUUCACUAAGAAGCUCUGUUACUGUCGUCAUAAAUCUAAUGUGCUAGAUCAAUUUUGUAGUCCUGUUCAGUCACAGCCUUUGAUGCUUAGCUGUGGCAGAGAACUGACCCAGUAUGAAAAUUUAAAGCUCUUUUUAGUUAAACAUCUUUUUGAGCAUUCCUCUAAUGUAUCCAGUCCACAUGGGUAUCACACAAUGUUACUGGCGUUCCAGGUCACUGGUGUCAUCCUGUUUGUGUUGUGCUGAAUUAAAAAGAAUUAACCCAA